UUUCUUCUGCGUGAACAAACAGAGGACGAGGCUCCUCCUUAUCAUCAGCACUUAACCUGUAACGAUUUUCAAAAAGGAUGCCUCUGUUAGUCUGUUAUUUCUGACGAAGGAGGGUCUAGUAAUGCAGUUGUCCGUUGUUAAGAUUCCACGGGAUCUUACUUUCACUCUCCACCGAGACUUCCAUUCACUUUUUGCCACCACCGAACGCAUCCACUACUCUGCCGCUCUGCCACCGGAAAGCGUGCUGCUCUAUGGUUCCGCGUGCAUGCGGUUAGUCUGGACUGGGGGGAACAGGGCGAACUCUAUGGCAAUAGGCGGUAGCUCACUCUAGCCCUAGCCCUCCGCCACACUCUAUAGCCGCAGCCCUCACACCCGAGAGAGAGUUGUGCGUGUGAGUAUCCCUGGCAGGGCCUAGCCUGACAAUGCUGGCAGUGCCGGCGGCUCCGGUUUCCUGAGGCAUUAGGGCGGCGCCACCAUCUCUUUCGGCUCUCCCUGGGCGCGACGCGAGGCCGAGGAGAAGCCUGCGGUGCCUCUGAGUGCUGGCUGGGGGUAAUUGGAAUCUGGAGAACAUUGUUCCAGAUCAUGGCCAAUGCAGACUCUUGAUGAGAUGAAGGGACAAGGAGGAGAAGGAGGAGAUGGUGGUUAACCCCAUUUUUAAAAAGCUGAUUAUGGAAGAAGUACACAAAAACAGCAGCAGCAAUUCUACAUCUCCUCAAGCAGCGUCUUUACAAGGUACCACUCUACAGGCAGCUCAGCUUUCUCGUGUUUCUCAACAGAUGUCCCUUAGAGGUCCAGCUCCACUGACACCUUUCACAAAAGCUGUACCGCUCUGUGGGGAUCAAGUCCAAGGCGUCAUUCAUACUGCUCAGACCUCUUCUGUAAUUCACUCGCCACAAGGGCAAUCGGUGCAGGCAUCUUUGUCAGAAAGUGAGGAUUCACAAGAUUCCUCGGAUAGCAUAGACUCUUCACAGAAAGCUAGAGGUAUUCUAGCACGCCGUCCAUCUUAUAGGAAAAUUUUGAAUGAUCUUUCUUCUGAAGGUACACGAGAUAGGAAAGGAGAUGAAGCAAAUCCUGGUGACUCUGCUAUCGCCACUAUGCCUGUCACUACACCUGUUUACCAAACCAGCACUGGACAAUAUAUUGCCAUUGCCCCGAACGGACCAUUACAGCUGAGCAGCCCAGGUGCAGAGGGAGUGCAGGGUUUGCAGACGUUUACAAAUGCUGGUGGGACUCCCCUGUUGCAGUAUGUCCAGACAUCUGAUGGCCAACAGAUACUUGUGCCAAGCAACCAGGUGGUAGUGCAGACUGCAUCAGGUGAUAUGCAGACAUAUCAGAUACGCAGUACACCGACCACCUCUUCCCUCCCACAGACUGUUGUUAUGACGUCUCCGGUCUCCUUGACAUCCCAGUCAACGAAAACAGAUGAUCCACAAUUGAAACGGGAAAUUCGACUGAUGAAGAACAGAGAAGCAGCUCGGGAAUGCCGUAGAAAGAAGAAAGAAUAUGUCAAAUGUCUUGAAAAUCGAGUUGCUGUUCUUGAAAACCAGAACAAAACUUUAAUUGAAGAACUAAAAACAUUGAAAGAUCUUUAUUGCCAUAAAAAUGUGUAAGGAAAAGAAAACAUACUUUUCAGAAAUAUCAGAAUUCUGGUGGGAAUCUUUCACAUCAACAUUUACAAAAUUAAAGUGAAAGCUCAAAAAUGCAUCUCUUCUCAAAUUCUACAAUUUAAAAAAGACAGCAAAGAUUUCAUUUAGGACAUGCUUGUUGGUAUUGUACAAAAAGGAGGCAUGAAGAGUUCCACCCGCACAACUGGAAUCGUACGUUUAAUCAGGAGAAAUGGACAUGUAUGUUCUGUCAAUCAAGAAUGGAGCUUCUUGAACUGCAGUUGGAUAUUUAAAUGCUUAACACUCAAUUGCAGUUCAUUGCAAAACAGCUGAAUCUUUUGCCUUAAGCUGUAAAUUUCUAUCAACGUAUUUAACCAGCAUAGUUUCAAAUUUGUUAAAUCUUUGAUAUACAGUUUUCUUAAGCACCCUUCACUUUAGGGCUCUUCUCGGCAAGGUAGAUGCACAGGUGACCACAGAUUUGGCCCUCAACCAUCCACAUGUUGAAUUGUACAACUGCAGUGUGAAUCCAUGUAUGACAGCAAAUGCUGUAUCCACGUGCCUAGAAAUCCUGUUUGCUCAAGGCCUUGCUUGCAUGGAGCCCAGCUCCCUCUAGCUAUGCUGCUUUUGAUCACCUGUGUGGUCAGGUUACGCAAAGCAAAGACUCUUAAAGUAAGAGGGAUUUUCAGUUAUUUGUAUGUAAAUAUUUUUGCUUCAAAUUGUAAAUUUUAAUUUGUGUGUUGAGAAGAUAAAGGCCACUACUUCACUAGAUAUUUGCUUUUAACAGACAAUUUAAUUUGCUUUAAAAGUGCAUUACAUUUAUCAGUGUUGGUAAAGGCAGAGACACAUGGAUAUGAUCAUGAAAAAUUCUUGAAGAGUAGAUGAUGUAUCAGUACUGAUACCAAUGUUUUGAUACUUUUAUAUGACAAGUGUUUCUGGAUGUUCAAAGGGUUAUUUGUGUUUGUCUGAUCACUGGAUAGAAAAAAAAUCUUUUCAGAUAAACAUAAAUGAUUGUUUCAAGAGAGCCAGUGUUACACGUUGUUUGAAGAGCCUGCUCUAGUUGCAUAGAAAUUCUAAAUUCUUAAGCUCAGCCCCUCUUUUAAACAAAAAUGAAGUUAAAAUUACAUACCAAAGGUAAAAUCUAGUGUUUCUAAUUUAUAUAUAUAUAGUUACUAAAUUACAAGACUGCAUUUGUAAACUAUUUGUUGAUCAAAUUUGUUGAAAUUCCAGAUUUUAUAAGGAAGUAAUCCAGUUGAAUUAGACAGCCUGAUAUAUUUUUUAUAAGUGAAAUAUUACCUCUAGAAAUUCUAUAAUUCAGUUUUUAUGGGUAUUUUAUAUGUUUAUACAGUUUUAGUAAACAUAUUUUCCCUCUCUCUGAUAUAAAAGCUUAUAUUUUUAUGAGGUGCUCAAGAAAAUUAAGAUCUAUUUCUAUACAUUUGGCAUAAUUUUAAAAGAAAAUCAAGAAUAUUUUUGAGAAAGUUGUUUAGCAUUGUUCACAGAAAAAUGAAUGACUAAUUGCAUUCACUAUAAAAUAUGAGGGAUAAUGAUAAUCUAUUUGUUUCUAGUUUUCCACAAAUCUUAAAGGUUUUUUUGAUACCUGCUAGAUUCUUAAGUACACAAUUAAGAUUAAAUCAACAAAUGUAGCCUUAUUUUUGUUAAUACCGAAUCAUUCCAAUUGUGCCCUUCAAAUGUUGCCAUUUAAUAUAUUUAAAUAAGAUAUUAAGGGCGAGAAUAUAUGUAUUUGUUGUGAUAGUGCAGCCUUGUUACAUAUACUGGACAGUUUUGAGAUUAUUGUGAGAUUAUUUUGGAAAUUACAUCAUUCCACAGCAAAUCUGAUUAAAUCAUUCUUUCUCAUACUGAA